UUAUAGGAUUGUGCAGGAUGGGUAUUUUAACAUCCUCACCCUGUUGUAUUUGUCUCGUUGGAAUGUCGGAUAUUAAUGAAUCACAGCAGUUGUGGAUGCACUUGUACGCCGUUCUCGUGGCAAACAGUAUUAGGACAUUUUAUCUUUAAUUUCCGAGCGUCGAGCGAUGACAAAUUUUCUAGGUAUCCUGAUAUACGACCAUAUGGUGACCCUCCCAGAAGAAAUCACUUUUAUUUGGCGUCGUCCGAAGGCACUGUCUGCGAAGUUAUUUAUCGUCAAUCGCUAUAUGGCUCUGCUCGGCAAUAUAUUCGCCUUAUGCAUCGAUUUCCUGCCCAUUUCAGACGAGAGGUUUCAUUUCUGGUUCUUGCAUAUUUGUUAUUUUGCUCAACAGUGGCUUAGUUGUGUGAAAUUCACGUUAUGCAGACAACUGUUCUUUUUUUCGCAAGGAAUCAUCGUGUGCUUCGUAUUGACCAUUCGCAUUUAUGCUCUCUACGGCUGUAAUAAGCGUUUGCUUACCUGGAUGAUAAUCAUCGGUUUCACUCUUAUAGCAGGAGCUUGUGCGGGAGCCAUUGGACACUUCUCAAGCAAUGCGACCAUUUUUCCAGGAGUUGGCUGCUAUGAAACAUAUACAGCAACAGUAGCCGCUCGCGUUGGGCUGGCAUGGGUGGCCCUGUUCAUCUUUGAAUUACUCAUUUUUAUUCUUACAGUGUACAGAAUUUGCAAAACUAGAGGCUUGCUGCGGUUGUCUCUGUUUACCAGGAGCAACAUUGUUGAUAUCGUAUUUCACGACGGUGCGAUGUAUUUCGGAGCGAUGACACUGUUCAAUAUACCGAACAUCCUGACGUACUAUUCUAAUUCAGUUGACAAUAGAGGCAGUCUCGCCACAUUUACUAGCUCCAUGUCCGCUACUCUCAUCUCUCGACUGAUGCUUAACCUGCACGCAUUCAUGGAUACUGGUAUCUUAUCCACCACCGUCCGGGAUGACAGCACUAGCUUCGCUCUUCUUACCACCCGGGUCAACGUACAGUCCGCUAUUUCCUCUCACCACUGGUAGGCUGGUUUUGGAUUCUGUUUUUGGAUGUGAAGUUGCAGAGGAUUCUUGUUUUCCUUAUGCGACGAUUGCGGUAUCCUGAUGUGAUGUUGUACCAGUUCGCUUGUAUCAGUUUCAUGUGUUAAAAUACUAAGUAUAUUUUGAUACUAGCCAUGCACAGUGCGC